UUAGGAAAUAAGAAGUCUUUAGCCAUUGCCGAGUCCCAGCCCAGUGCAAUAAUAUGGGAAUAAUAUUUAAAAUUCUUAUUAUAUGAUAUAAUAAUAUGAAAAUAUCAAUCAAUCAAUAUAUUAAAUAUUAACUAACUUGAAUUUUUAACUAACAAGACUACAGGGCUGAAAGUCAAUUGCACGUUAUUAUUUAAAGAAAUGGUUAACCCUAAAAUUUAUUUUUGAUAAAUUUUGAUAUCUAGCAUAUAUUUUGGUGAAUUCGUGCAUAGGUUUUAUUUAUUAACAUUUACAAAUGAUACAGUAUCUAAACGUUAUUGACUAAAUAACAAUGGAUUUUGAAUACACACAUCGAAAAUUAAGCAGUUUACGCAAAAUUUUAGAAAGAUCUGGACCUUUUUGUCGACCAGAUUUUGAACCGUCAUCUGAGGCAUUAAAGUUUUUGAUGCAUGAUUGUAAAAUACUGGUAAUUGGAGCUGGGGGUUUAGGUUGUGAAUGCUUGAAAAAUUUAGCCCUGAUGGGUUUUAGGCAGAUGCACGUCAUUGAUAUGGAUACAAUAGAUUUGUCAAACUUAAAUCGACAGUUUUUAUUCCGUCACAAAGAUAUCGGCACGUCCAAAUCAGAAACAGCAGCAAAAUUUAUAAAUGAUCGUAUACCUGGAAGUAAUGUGAUCCCACAUUUUUGUAGGAUACAAGACAAAUCAGAAGAAUUUUAUAGACAAUUUCAUUUAGUUAUUUGUGGCUUGGACUCUAUUAUUGCACGAAGGUGGAUUAAUGGAAUGCUUACGUCUCUAUUAGUUUAUGAAAACGGUAUUUUAGAUCAGUCAAGUAUUAUACCUUUCGUUGAUGGAGGAACAGAAGGAUUUAAAGGAAACGUACGCGUAGUUAUUCCUGGAUUAACUCCUUGCAUUGAAUGUACUUUAGAUUUAUAUCCACCUCAGAUCACUUAUCCGUUGUGUACUAUCGCUAAUACACCACGCUUACCUGAACAUUGCAUAGAAUAUGUAAAAAUAAUACAAUGGCCAAAAGAAAAUCCAUUCGAUUGCUGUAUUGAUGGAGAUGAUCCUCAACAUAUAAGUUGGAUAUAUGAAAAAUCUAAUGAACGUGCAUUAAAUUUUGGGAUUAGAGGGUUAACUUAUCGUCUUGUUCAAGGAGUAGUUAAACAUAUCAUUCCUGCAGUAGCGUCAACUAAUGCAGUGAUUGCAGCAAUAUGUUGCACUGAAGUUUUUAAAUUAGCCACCAGUUGCAGUGCAUCAUUAAAUAACUAUAUGGUUUUUACGGAUACAGACGGUAUUUAUACUUAUACAUAUAAAGCUGAGAAAAAUGAGCAAUGUCUAGCCUGCAGUCAAAUAUCAAGAGAACUUCAACUCAAUAGCAUUAAUUUGAAAUUAAAAGAUUUAAUUGAGUUGUUGUGUUCACAAAAUGAUUUGCAGAUGAAAAAUCCUGGUAUUACAGCCAAUAUAUUUGGAAAAACAAAAACUUUAUACAUUCAAAGUGUACCAAGUAUUGAGGAAAAAACGCGACAAAAUUUAUCAAAAACAUUAUUUGAUCUAGGAUUACGUAACGAGUCAGAAAUAAUAGUUGCAGAUGAAACAACACCUAAUACUGUAGUGUUUAAGCUUAAAUUUACAAUGUAACAACGAUCAUUGAAUGUAAUAAAUAACAAUAUAUAUUUUUAAAUUAAAAAUAUUAUACAUCAA